AUGCUCGGCGUGCCGGCCAAUAGCCGCGUCUCGUCGAGCAGCUUCUAUCAUCGACCCAAGGGCGUAUCUGUCUCGGACGUCGAUCUCGAUAUCGAGGGUGCAGGUGGUGGAAGGAUCGACGAGCUCUACGAUGCGGGCCUGCCAUGGCCGCUAGGUACAUCCGCAAGACCCACUUCGUGGUCCGCAAAGGGUCCCGCAGAGCACAUGCCGCGCCUGCCGCUGUUCAAGAGUCUCCAGUGCCACCUUAACUGGGCCAGAGCAGGCUGGUGGGACGGAAAUCGAUGGUCUGAAGCCCUCAGGCUCAUCGCAAGUUCUAGCGAGAUCCGCAAUGGCGUCUUGAAGGGCUUGCUGCUCAGCGGCACCAUCUCUGCUGUCGUCUUUUUCUUCGAGUUGGCCUUCUUCCCCAAGGUGCUCUUCCAGCAAAAGUCUCCGGCCGAAACAGUGCAAGGUGUAGCGGAAUCUGGGUCCAUCGUCGGCGGCGUCGGAAACGUCUUUUGGCUGUAUCCUCUGAUCGGCGGAAGCUACCUGCUCGCCUCUUCUUGGACCUCGGACAUCGCACAGGCGGCGUACAAGCUUCGACACGGCCACGUGCGACGACUUACGCUGUCCAACCCAUCCUUGCCUCCCGGGACUUCACGACGCUUGCUGCAGGAGAGCUAUCGCUUGAUCCUUAUCGUCAACUACACCGUGUUCUACAUUAUCCUCGGCCGCAUACCGUACGUUGGCCGCCCGCUCUCAUUCUUGUUCAUGUGCCUGGUGGAUGGCUACUACUGCUUCGAACAAGCAUGGAUCUCGCGCGGAUGGUCGUUGGACCGCAGGAUGCGUUACUGCGAAGAGAGGUGGUCGUACUUUGUCGCGUUCGGCUUGCCUUCGACAGCGGUAUCAUUCUUCCAUCCGAGCGGGCUGCUCAACUUGAUGCUGUUCAUGCUCAUCUUCCCCUUUUGCACGGUUCUGGCCAUGCUCGCCGAUCCGCAGCCUCGGAUUUCGGCAUCUGGCGCGCUCGCAUCCUCAUCAAAUGGGUUUGGUGUUGGCGGAGGAUCGGAGUACGCCAACGGCCCGCUUCAUCGACUCGUACCCUCCCGUCUGCCCAUCUUUUGGCCCACGGUGAAAUUGCAUCGCGUGGUUCUGCAACUCUUGCCUGCCCUGGCAGAUGCACCUCUCCCUCCAUCGACCCAGGCGUUUGAGCGCAAUGCUACCAUGUACGGUCGCACCGGUGAUUCCACUGGAUACAGCGGAUUUUCAGUCAAUGGUGGGUACGGUGGGUUCGGCACAGGAGGCAAAAGAGCGGCAGAAUUGGUAGGCGGCAUUUUCAACAAUGGCAGUCGCACCAGUAAUUCCGGUCGCAAUUCACCUUCGCCCUGGCAAGCGUACGGUACAGCCCCUCGCCCAUCCCACGAAGCGGUGGCGGCGGGUGUUGGGGGUAGCUCGCAAAUGAACGCCGGAGGUGGUGGCUUCCCUCAUCUCGGUGGUACGGCAACAGGAGCGUACAAUAGCGUGAGUGCGGGGCAAAACAUAUAUGCGAGGGCAUCAGCAGCCCCACAGCUGCCUCUGGGCCCCCCACCAAAAGGUCCUGCCGCACAUCAUCGAAAGGCAGAAUAG